GAACGUGCCUGUGCGUGCCUUGCACAGUACUUGUCAACAUUAGCGAGUGCCCCAGCUACAUUUAGCCGGAUUUAAAACCCACACAGGAUUUCUGCUGCUAGUGUUUCGGAUGUCCAAGUACAAACUCUUUCUGCUGAGGCAUGGAGAAGGGGCCUGGAACAAGGAGAACCGUUUCUGCAGCUGGGUCGACCAGAAGCUGAGCGAGGAUGGGGUGAAGGAAGCCCAGGACUGUGGCAGGCUUCUGAAGGAGCAGGGCUACAAGUUUGACUUGGUGUUCACCUCCAUACUCAGCCGCUCUAUCCAGACAGCAUGGUUGGUGCUGGAGGCUAUGGGCCAGGAGUGGGUCCCUGUUGUGAAGUCCUGGAGGCUUAAUGAACGCCACUACGGUUCCCUGAUUGGACUCAACCGGGCGGAAAUGGCUGUACAACAUGGAGACGAAAAGGUGAAAUUGUGGAGAAGGAGCUACGACAUCACUCCACCCCCUAUCGAUGAAUCCCACCCUUACUUCCUGGAGAUCUACAAUGACCGCAGAUACACCACUUGUGAUGUGUCAAAGGAGAACCUUCCCCGAGCUGAGAGUCUGAAGGAGGUGUUGGACAGGCUGCUGCCAUACUGGGACAGCACUGUGGUGCCAGAGAUAAGGAAUGGGAGGACUGUGCUCAUUUCUGCUCAUGGAAACAGCUGCAGGGCCCUGCUGAAACACCUGGAAGGUAUAUCAGAUGAGGAUAUUGUCAGUGUGACAUUACCUACAGGGAUACCCGUGCUGCUUGAGCUCGAUGAAAACCUCAGGCCUGUGAAACCUCGACAGCUGCUGGGAGACCAGGCCAAGAUUCAGGCAGCUAUUAAAAAGGUGGAGGACCAGGGAAAAGCCAAACCAUCAACUUGAAUGCACCAAAAUGGCUGUAAGAUUUAAUUUACAGUGAUGAGCCACAACAUUUAAACCACUGAUGGGUGAAGUGAAUAACACUGAUCAUCUUGUUACAUUUCAAUGGUUUGCUGGGAAAUCUUGGAUGCUGGCAUACGUGUGUGUUACAUUGUUCCAGAUCAAGCAAACUCCCCCAUUGCAAUGGCACUCCCAGAAUGCCCCCUUAGCAAGAAAGUGUGCCCCGCCACACCCCAAAAACUGCUCAGGAACAGCUCGAGGAACACAACAAAGUACCUAAGGCACUGACCAGUCUUUUAAAGUCCCCAGAUCCUUAUCCAAUGGACCCAUGGUAUGUGCCACAACAAGCCAGAUCCAUAGAGCCCACAACUCACAGUACCCAACACGUCUGCUUCCAACAUCCCGGUGCCAGAAACCACAGGACACCCCUGCAUUCUUAUGUCCAUGCUGCGAUGGGUCAGAGCUGUUUUAGCAGCUACACAAAAUUAGGCAAGUGGUUUUAAUGUUGCGGCUGAUCAGUGUCGCUCUGUUCCUGUUGCCUGUGUGCACUUUUUGUUAGAUAUGGUGAAACCCCUCAACAGACUUGAAUCACUCACAGUAUAACAUUAGGCAAUAACAACAACAGAUUGUCAGUGAGAUUUAAGGGAUAGGUGUAUGUCUUAUUGUCAAGUUGCUGUACGUGCAAUAGUGGGUCUCACCUGUAUGCAGGAUGCGUUUGUUGCCAGACAGGUCCUCCUGGGGCAGCAAAAAGUCCUGAGCUGUACUGUAAAUGUUUCUGCACUGUGCUGAAUUGUGUUUUGUGUAAACACUGAGAAAGCUGUUGGUCUGUAUGUAAUUUUUAAGGUAACUGCACCUACUUCUGCCUGUAUGGUGACUCUAAAUUGCUUAUUUAUUUAUUUACACACUGACUCUGCUUUGUAGAUAUAAAGUCACAGUGAAGCUACAAAGCUUUUAGUAUGCCAUAUCCCUCUUUUCUGAGAGAUGUUUUUCUGUUACAUUGUUCAGCUUUAGGAAUAUUCCCUUGGAUGUGCCUUCAGUAUUCAGCUGUCUUCUGAAAGCUUCUCAUAAGUAGAGUAUGAAUCAAGUCUUUUAUUUAGGAAUAACAACACUCCUGUAACAAGUCUUACCUCAUAAACAUUGAUGACCAGGCUGUUGAUUCCAAGAAUUGGGUAAUUGUGAGCUGUAAAUAUGCAAAGCCACUGAAAUCCCAUGCAUAUGAGUUACUCAUACUUCUAAAUGGCCUGCUCAGUAAGAAAGACAGCUGAGUCUGUUUUUCUGUGUGGUUUAUACAGUACAUUAACUCUGACACAGAAUAAGUUGAGUUGAAAACACUGUGGCUUGCAACCAUGGAUAUAUUGGUAUGAUAACUGGUUUAUGCUUUGCACAUUUUGAAGGGGAUUUUGCGAGAUUUUUUUUUUUUUUAAUGAAUUCCCUUGUUAAUUAAAUGCAACAACUGUGAAUGGUAAAUACCAUUAUUUGAUAUGAAUUGAACUAUUUAAGUGGACUAAUACAAGGACAAGUUUGGUUUUUAUUUUUAGUUCCUAAAUAUUAUAAUAAAUGCACCAUUAAUGUCAGUAACGUGGGUGAAAAUGUUACAAAUUGUCCUGCUUGUCACCCUUUGUUUUUACUGUUUGUGGUACAGGCUUUUUUGUUGUAUGCCGUACUGUGUAUCUCGUACGUGCAUGUGAAAUACUGUUCAUUGUUUGUGUCUCCUGUUUUCUCAGUUUGUUGUUGUGUUGCUCCAUCACUGUUAUUUUGUACACUGGUUUGUUAGGUCAACAGGGAAAGGGACAGGUUAAGAACAUUUGUAUCUACUAAAGGGUAAAAAAAAAAACAACAACAAAAAACAGCACUGACAAAUUUGUUAUUUCACAUAAGAUUGCUUAAUUUCUGUACUGCUGUUCUCACCUUUUCAUUUGAGAGUAUGCAUGACGAAAUAAAAGGGAAUUCAAAUUUUCCUGAGAGAUUAAUAGUCA